AUGCGCUAUUACCACAUGCAGACAGCUACCCACUCUCUAGGAUUCCAACGACCGACCACCAUCUCUUUUCAUCUCGUACAACAACAAGCGCGUCCAGAAGCCAAUAUUCCAUCGCUAAUCAAUACUCCAGCGCUACCACGUGGCAUGCCGCCAUCGACAGGCCUCGCAUCAAUUUAUUUGUCCAAUCUUGGACUAUCGGAAGAUAGCUUCGACUCUCGGCUUGCGUCACUCUCUGGCCAAAGCAUCUGCUUCGGGGUCUGCUAUGGUCCAUAG